ACUAAAGACAGAAGAUCAAACGGGAUCCAUGUGCAUAUGCAUGCCAAACCCCUAAAAAUCUUUCAAACCCUCGUGAAAAAUGUUUUCUUCUUCUACUCUCUCCCCUCCUCUUUCGUGAUCAUCUUCUUAAUCUUUUAUCUCCCCUCUCCCUUCCAGUACUGCGCUCUGGAAAACCCACAAAACCCUCAACCUUUCACUUCUCACUCGAACCCUUCCAAAACCCACCUUUACAAAAUCCUCCUCUUCAAUUAUUACCAAAUCCUAUCACCACUCAUUUUCCCAGCCCAGACUGAGAUGCCCAUUUCAUAGUUUUGAUGAUCCUCUUACUUAAAUCGGUCAAAGCCAUAUCUUGGUGGCUUUUGCUGCUUUCAGGAUUAGAUUUCAGUUUCGACAACUGGGUUACCCAUCUGCUGUCAGAUCUUCGUACCAUAGAUUUCUCUCACUUCUGCGCUGCAUUCUCCACUACUAACUUUUUCUUUGGUAGACUUCUUUGAGUUUUGCCCUCGAACUUCUUGAUGGGUUCUAGGUUUCCAUCAAUUUAGAUAGCUGCUACCCUUAAUCUGCUUUGACUUUUGACGAAGAAUUGAUUUUGAAGAUAUCAAGUUAGUUUGUUUUUGAUAAUCUGUCCCCGUUUGUAGUGUAUGUUGAUUUUCCCUAGCUUUGUAAUCUGAUUUUAGUUCCUUAAACUGUAUUUUUGUACUUGUGUGAGAUACCCACUUUUUAUUUGUUUGAGGUGUAUCACUUUUGGGUAGAUAAUUCAUGGACUUCAGGGAAAUAAUUCACCUUUAGUUUGAAAGAUUGCAGUGAUUGUGGCCAUAAUUCAAGUGGGUUUUCGACCCUUUUCCAUCUCCUCCGAGCAAAUUCAUCUUCCAGCUUUGUAAUCAGGGCUGAUUAUACUCUUCUCUUGGUUCUGUCUGUCAAAAUGACUGGAAGUGGUCACUGUUUUGUGGAGUGGAAAGAGCAGUUUAUUUCGCAGGAGCGUGGAAAUCGUGUGGUUCACUAUUUCCUGAAGGAUUCUGCCGGAGAAUCUAUCAUUGCUGUUGUGGGCACUGAGCGGAGUGUUAGGCAUAUGUUCUAUGUGGUUGCUGAGGAGUUUGUGCAGGUUUACGGUGCUGAAAAUUCCAUUCAUGCUGGUUUCAAGUGGAGGUCAAGAAGGGAGGUUGUGGAUUGGCUUACAUCAAUGCUAUCAAAGCAGCAUGUACAGGGUGAUGGAUCCAAAACACUACAAGGUGUAGAAUCAGUAAAUGGGCUUGGUGGUCAACAUAUGCAGGGCUGUCUUUCAAAAAAUCCCAGUGGACAUGAUUCAGACAUUGUGUGGUCAGGCAUUGCAUGGACAUGCGGGAAACAACUGAAGCAUUACCCUGCAUUCUGCAGGAAUGCCACUACAAUAGCAAUCCAAUCUUUUGUCUUUGUCAUGGCUAAAGGACAGAAUCAUUAUCUUGCUUACUUGGAAGAUAUGUAUGAAGACAAGAGGGGACAGAAAAAAGUAAAAGUGAGGUGGUUUCACCACAGUGAGGAAGUCAAGGGUGUAGUUCCUCUAAGAAAUGCUCACCCACAAGAAGUUUUUAUCACACCUUAUUCACAAGUCAUAAGUGCAGAGUGUGUUGAUGGUCCUGCCAUAGUCUUAACUCGUGAACAUUAUGAGGAAUGUUUUGCUGCUUUUCCUGAUGCUUUAUCAACGAGAAUACAUUUGUGCUUUAGGCAAUUUAGAAGCAAAAAAGUAAAGCCCUUUGAUUUGAGUAAAUUGCGUGGCUAUUUUGAUCAACCUAUUCUCUCUUGUUUGAAUUCCAAAGCCUUUCUAGGGGCUGAGCGCAUAGCCUGUGGAUUAACAGAAGAAGAUGAAGUAUUGAAUCCAAGCGAGAACAUAAAGCUAGGAGCCAAGAGGACCAGAAGCGGCAGUGCAUCUGAAGCAUUUGUGACAGAUCAUUUGGGAGUUGGAGUUUCUGGUAGUCAGAUUAUGGCUUUUGACUCUUCAUACCUGAACUUAAGAUAUGGUUUGUCAGGCAAAACAUUGCUUCCCCUCAAGUGUGUAGACUCCCACCAAUGGUAUAGCCAUCUAUUUAAGGUUGAUCAAAAGAUUGAGCUGUUGUGCCAAGAUAGUGGUAUACGGGGUUGCUGGUUCAGGUGUACAGUCUUGCAGGUGUCUCGAAAGCAGAUAAAAAUACAAUAUGAUGAUGUGCAGGAUGAAGAUGAGUAUGGCAAUCUUGAGGAAUGGGUCCCAGCUUUCAAAUUGGCUGUGGCUGAUAAACUUGGCAUGAGGCGCUUAGGCCGCCCAACAAUGCGACCAGCCCCUCCUCUGAAUGAACAAACAGACUCUGCUCUUGAAGUUGGGUCUGCAGUGGAUGCAUGGUGGAGUGAUGGGUGGUGGGAAGGUGUAGUAACUAAAAUCGAUGACAAUGGCGGUGAUGUUCUGCAAGUUUACUUUCCAGGUGAAAACUUAUUUUUGGACAUGCACAAAAAGGAUGUACGGAUUUCUAGAGAUUGGGUGGGCAAUCAGUGGAUUGAUAUUCAGGCAAAACCUGACAUACUCUCAGCCAUAUCGGCUGCAAGUAGCCCUGAAACAAAAACAUCCAUUUCCUUGAUGAUUAACAAGGACCUGGCAUCUGAUCUUGUUGCUAUGUCUUGUGUCGAAGUUCCUACCAGUGCUAAACCUAAUACUAUUGAAGAGAGAAAACCUGAGUUUGCUCUGUUAAGUGGUUCUGAUAGCCAUAUUGAGGCCACGGAAUGUGUUGACCAUGUGAUGCCUCCAACACCAGGUUCCAUAGGCAACAAGGAUUGUUGUGAAGACAUCAAUAUCAGUCAUGGUAAAGGUGAAAUUGCAGGUGAUGAUGAAGUUCAGGGCAAUGGUCAGGGUGAAGUAGUUGGUGAUGUUAAUGACUGUGCUGACAAGAUAGAUGUGGAAGUCUCGGAGACUUCUGAGAAGAAUAGUAAAGCUACAGAACUCAUGGAAGUGAUGGCAUAAGAUGUUUAAAAAGAGCUUUGACUACAUCAUCUCUAAAUUGUCAUGGUGCUGCUGGUUAUAGCUAACGUGGAAUUGUGGAUGGUUCUCAUUUGGUGGUCAGGAUGCUUGUAAAUAAUAACAGGAGAAUCGCUGCUUCUCAACCCUUCUUACCUCCACGUCCACGUCCAUAGAUGUACAGGAACUAUCUUAGAUUUGUAAGAUUUCCGUUGUAAGUGGUUGUAUAAUUGGGAUUGGAGUCAGGAUUACUUUGGUCAGAAGCCCUCUAAUUGAUUCGGCUCCCUUGGUGGUUCAUGCUUCUGUGAUUCUCGCUUGUAAGUUGCAUCAUCUACCAAACCUUCGGCUCUUAUAAUAUCAAAAUAAUUAGUUGUUUCUAGUUCUGUUUUCCCCUGAAAA